UAUUCUAAUUUUCUUCACAGUUUUACGUUAAAGUUGAGUGUGGCGAGUAAUCUUACAAGCCAUCCCGGGUCAGGAGAGACGUUCAACAAGUUUCACACAUCUUUUCAUUCGGAUAAGAAACUAACUAACUAACUCAUCGUCCGGGGACAGCAACGCUCUGCAACAUGGCUGCUCUUUCAGCCUGGUUUUGGAACGAGAGGUUUUGGCUACCACACAACGUAACCUGGGCGGAUCUGGCAGACCCAGCUCCCGGGGUGGAGUACCCCAAAGCUGGACACUUGCUUACUGCUUUACCGCUGGCUUUGGGUAUUUUCGCCGUCAGGAUACUCUUCGAAAGAUUUAUUGCCAGUACUUGUGCCCGGAGUCUUUACAUUCAGCCAGGCGUUGGACGAAGAGCUCAGCCCAAUGCAGUCCUGGAGAAAGUGUUUACAUCCAUCACAAAGAAUCCAGACUCCCGCCAUCUGGAUGGCCUGUCCAAGCAGCUGGACUGGGAGGUGCGAAAGGUCCAGCGUUGGUUCAGACACCGCAGGAACCAAGAUAAACCCAGCACACACACUAAGUUCUGUGAGAGCAUGUGGAGGUUUACAUUUUAUUUGUGCAUAUUUACUUAUGGGUUGCAGUUCCUGUGGCAGUCUCCUUGGAUGUGGGACACACGGCAUUGUUGGUACGGGUACCCCUAUCAGGUCAUGACUCCUGGUCUGUACCACUACUAUGUGACAGAAUUGGCUUUCUACUGGUCACUGAUGUUCUCCCAGUUCACUGACAUUAAAAGGAAGGACUUCUUGAUCAUGUUCAUCCAUCACCUGGCUACAGUUAGCUUGAUCAGCUUUUCCUACGUCAACAACAUGGCGCGAGUAGGGAGCCUCGUGAUGUGUGUCCACGAUGCCUCCGACUUCCUGCUAGAGGCAGCCAAGCUGGCCAACUAUGCCAAGUACCAGCGCUUGUGUGACUUCCUCUUUAUUGUGUUUAGUGUGGCAUUCUUUAUCACACGACUUGUUAUAUAUCCAAUAUGGAUCCUGAACUCCACUAUGUUUGAGAGCUGGGCCAUAGUUGGGCCAUACCCAUCCUGGUGGCUAUUCAACUUCUUACUGCUGGUCCUCCAAGUGCUGCAUAUCAUCUGGUCCUACCUCAUAGCCCGUAUAGCUGUCAAGGCCAUGCUGCGGGGCAAGGUGUGCAACGACGUCCGCAGUGACAUUGAGAGCAGCUCAGACGAAGAGCCCGACACGCCCACACAAGGCCUCAAGGCGUCUCAUAGUCCCAAAGGAGAAAACGGCACCAAUGGCCACUGUGCUGCUGCUAAAGCCCGAGUGCAGAACCACAGCAGCUGGUGACAUGGAGCCUGAAGCUGGGAGCCCCCUGCAGUUCAUCCCUCACAUCUCCAUCAGCUUUGUUUGUUCUAUGACAUUCCCUUGACAUGCAAGGCUCACAUGCAUUCACACACAGUCUACUAUCACACUGACAGCGAGUGCGCACAGACUGAUGCGUUGGUGAACUGAUGGCGUAUAUUCAGACACUGAUAUCUGCUUUGAAGAGCCCUGUGAUGAUCUGUACAACACCAAGCUGCAAUUAUAUUCAAAUCAGUUGAAGCAAGUGAUUUGCUUAGCCUUAUUUUUCAAAUGAUGGGAUUUAUUUGCUGCCAGAUGUUGGUCAGUUUCAAUGUUCUCUCCCAGUUUUAUUGGUCAGAUGAACUUGAUCCUUUUUUGUUUUAAGGAUUAAUUCACACUGGAUCACAAAAGGCAGACACCAGCUGCUGCGCCGCUCUCUGGGGCUUCAGACUGUGAGUUAUGUUGCAUUUCCAGUCAGUCAUGUCAGCAGGUAUAUACAUGACUUUUAUAGCUGGGGUUUUAACAGCUCUUAAAAGAAGGGCACCUGCUGCGAGUGUGACCAGAUGUACAACACUUGAAAGUUAGAAGCAGAUAGAAGCAGUUUCUGCCCUUUGAGAUUUACUGUGGAUUUACCUUUUAACCACAUUGCUUGUGACAUGUUCAUUUGUUUUAUUCUUGUUUUGUUUUUUUUUACUACUUCUGAGACCAAAUGUUAAUGAAAUAGUUUGAUAUCACUGCCUAUAGAGGAAUCCAGGUAUGAGGACUAUACUAAAUGUCUGGUGUCCAGUUCUCACUUGAAUUCCUUGUAAAAAAAAAAUAUAUAUUUCCAAAUAUAUUCUGUUGUUGAAACCUG